AUGUCGACUCACCAUCGUGGAUUGCCCCCAAUGACAUUACCACAGCCACCACAACCACCACAACAAGUAGUUCCGGCAUUGAACCAACCAACGGGCCCAUUACAAUUACCAGCUCCGCCUCAGCAAUGGCAAGGUGCAGAGGAGUCAAUGAGAAACUGGCUUCAAGCAAAGGCCGAAGAGGAUAAAAGGAAGCAGGAGGAAGAGAAGACGAGGCAAGAAUCACUUAGAUUAGAGCAAAGAAAGAUCGAGCAGGAUAUGCUACGAACCUCCCUGGCGGGAGGAAUCCCUCCGUACAUGAUUCCAAUGGUCUUCGCUGGAAUGGGUGGUGGGAAUCUACCAAGUGCUAGCAUAGAAUGGGCUCAACACUACAUGGCCCAAGCACAUCAACUGCAGCAGCAUCAACUUCAACAGCGAUUAGUGCCAGGGCAAAGUCAGCAUACCUCACCGGAGCAAUUGCAGCGUGGUGACUCCCGGCCUACAUUUGGAGGUCAGCAUCCAGCGCCCGCUACUGUACCAUCAACGCCCCAUGCAAAUAUUACCGGGGCAAUCAGGUCAUCCCUUAGCACAAUUGCAAAACGCCCAGCAGCAACAGGAACCACAAUCUUCGCCUUCGAUAUACUUUCAUCACUGGCAACCGCCUACAUCACAAGCAGACCAUGUCUCUUCACCAAAGAAACGAAAAGCGACAGGGCCUCAGCAACCAGCUCCACAUCCAAGCUCACUGCCACAGUAUACCUCCCCUUCAUUCUCACAGACAGGAUCAUCGAUAUCAGGCACGCCAUCGAGUAG